AUGAACUUGGUAGAGGUGAAGGUGAAGGCGAAGGCGAUGGUUGCUGUACCCGUGGGGCUCUGGAUCCCAUGUCCUGCACCUGUGGCGGCCAAGGAAUGCUGCUGCGAAAAGAAUUCCCACGCCUUGCUUGCCGUCAGUGGCGCAGUAGUACGGAUAUCCUCGUUUGGUGCAGUACAUCUGCAGGAUACGGAAAUUGGCUACGUUGUCGUCAACAAGCAGUAUCCUCCUGAACGGGAGGGGUCGGCUAAGCCGUUGAUUCUGUACGACCUCAGUGGCACCGUAGUCUCGGUGCGGCCGCUGGGCGACCUGCUCUGGGCUAUACGCGUGAGAGACCUUGUAGCAAAAGCGAUAGAACUUCUUGUACCGGAGGAAGAGCAGGUCGCCGUUACCAAGGUCGAGGACGAGUGA